AUGGCGCCUCCACGGCGCAGAGUAUCCUAUGUUAUCGCGCCGCCCACAGACCAAGUCCCGCGACUCCAGCUCCCUCCACACGGCUUACCCAGACAUGGCAGCAGUGCACCUGUUCUUAUUCCGUUCCACGAACCUAUAUCUUCACCACCACAUUCGCCGUCGUCAAAGGCGGCCUCGCACCCACGUCAUCGCCUCGGAGUCGCUACGCUAGCACUUGACACGUCCACCCAUCUCGUCGGUCGCCCUGCGCCAGAAGGUAUACUCUAUUCCGGCGGGCGCGAUGGUCAGGUUAUCUCCUGGGACCUGGGCAUCCCCAUGAAGCGUCGCGCGCAGCGUUACGGAGUCAGCGCAGGAGCCACACGGAGGUGGGAGAUCAUGACGAACUGGUCGGACGACGUGAUCGAGGAAGAACUGGACGAAGGCGAGGAGCUGCGCAGCGACGGUGACGUCCUGGGCGAAGUCACUGGGAGGAUCAGGCGGAGGAACGUUGGGAUCGAGCAGGAGAUUCCGUACGAGGAGCAGUGGGAGACCGACAUCGAUGCGUACGAAGCGCGGAAGACGACGCCACCGUCAACUCAAUUCCGCCAGUCCGCGCAAAUACAUUCAGACUGGGUGAAUGACAUCUUGCUGUGCAACCAGAACCAAACUCUGGUCUCCGCGUCGUCCGACGGAACAGUCCGCGCCUGGUCACCGCACGCGCACAGCCACGCAGGCUCACUACACGAACCGAUGACAGUCGGCAUGCACGCCGACUAUGUGCGCUGUCUCACAUACUGCCGUGACCAGCGAUGGGUAGCAUCGGGCUCGUUCGAUCGCACGAUCAAAUUGUGGGACUUGGGAGCGAUCGGAUCGACAGGGUCGCCGCUGACGACACUGCACGCGCCCGACGCGUCCGGUCCAAAGGCUUCGGUGUAUGCGCUCGCGGCGGACCCAUACGGCCAUAUCGUAGCGUCGGGAUCGCCAGAGCGCGUAAUCAGAAUGUGGGACCCACGGACGGGCCGGCGGAUCGGGAAGUUGGUGGGUCACACGGACAACAUCCGAGCGAUCCUGCUCUCGGAAGACGCGAAAUACCUGCUCACAGGUUCAGCAGACGCGUCCAUCAAGCUCUGGUCUCUAUCGUCGCAACGAUGCCUUCACACGUUCACGCACCACACGGAUUCGGUGUGGUCCCUGUUCUCGUCGCACCCAUCGCUAGAGAUAUUCUACUCUGGGGACCGGUCUGGCCUCGUGUGCAAGGUCGACGUCGAGGGUUGUGCUGACAUCUCCGAGGGUGAGUGCAUCGUACUGUGCCAAGAUACGUGCGAGCGCGAAGGUAGGCCGGCUGCGACGGAAGGGGUAAACAAGAUCGUGGCCAUGGACGACAAUCUACUGUGGACGGCUUCCGGCUCGUCCAGCAUCAAGCGAUGGAGGGUGCCUGCUCGAAAGGCGGUUCGGGCCGCUGCCCUAAGCGAGGGCAAAGAUUGGCAGGCGGAAAGCUCGGUAGUUUCGCCGAUGACGGUGGAGUACAACCAAGACCAUCUUCUCCCGCGUUCGGCAAAGCGGGGAUCGUUCGACUUUUCAACUGGUAGAGCGAGCACGCCCCCUCGCUCGGGAUCUGGCAUGGUGUCUUGUGACAUCCCGAUCAGCAAGCAAAGAAGCACGUCUCCGCGCAGGAGUCCUCGUACAUCUAUCGCGACUUCGAUACCUCCCUCCAUCCAUUCAUUCAUGCAGCACGAGGUAGAAGUCGACGUAGAGCGUGAAGGCGAGGACACAUGGUACGGUAUCCCGUUCGAAAGCCUUGUGCGACUGAUGUCGCCAAACGAAGCACUGGGUGGACCCGGGCCUCUGGUUCGCGGGCACGAUCCAGAGAUCGCGACGCUGUACUCUGCGGCAUCCAUCAUGAGUAUACCCCGGGCCACUCGUGCCCCAAUACACUCCAUGAUUCAGAGCCAAAACCAGAGCCCUUUACAGGGUCAAGGCGUGCGGGGAACCAGCCCAAUACGAACUGACACGCUCAAUUCACAUCGCUCAUAUGUGUCGCGCUUGGGGGAGGAGAGUCAGACGUUGCAUCCUGGCACGCGUGUACGCGCCGCCUACGACGAACGCGAGGUCGUUGUUGACGCAGUGCCAUUGCGGCGGGACGCAGACGAAGUCAUCCAUGGCGAACACGGGCUUGUGCGCUGCGCUAUGCUCAACGACCGCGUGCAUGUGUUGACGGUGGACACUGCGGGUGAGGUUGCGGUGUGGGAUGUGAUCAGAUGUGUGUGCCUCGGGCGAUUCCCGAGUGCAGAUGUUGCUGCAGCGAGCUUCUGCGGCAGCGUGAGUGGUAGUGUCGAUGGGAUGAAUUCGGAGAAGGACAGGGAGAGGGAGAAGGAGCGGAGUCCAAGAGAAGCGUUGGAAACCGUGCGGGAGAGGAUUGAGGGCGAGGCUGUUGUGUCACCGUGGUCGACGGUAGACACUAAAAUGGGUGUGCUCAGCGUGCACAUGAACGAGAGGUGCUUCGAGGCGGAGAUAUAUGCUGACGAGGCUGGAUAUGGCCCUGAUCGGCGCUUCAAUGAUGAGAUGCGCUUAAACAUCGGAAAAUGGGUACUGCGUAAUCUCUUUGUGGGUUUCAUACGUGAGCAACAGCGAGCUGCUGCGCGGCGUAUGCGCGAUGCCGAACAGAACCAAUAUCGUGCUCCGCGAAGCACUCCCCCCACGCAUAUUGAACUAAAUGGUGAUCAUGGGCGCCAUGGUCAUUCUCCAGACCGCAGACGAUCAUCUUCAGACGCCUCCCAUCGGUCCUCAAUGACAUCGACCACGAUGAGGAGCGCUACCAUUGUGAUGUCACCCAAGAUGCUCCCGGCUGUAUCCCCAAUCGUCACCACUCCUCCACGCUCUCUGACGACACAGUACAUUCCGCUUAACACAGGUGUUAAAGACUCCUCGCUCUCUGCCAUUCCGCAGUCCCCAAAUGAUACCACGCCAAUGCCGUUGCCGUUGCGCUCGCCACAGCGCUCGCAGACCGAUUCAGGUGGUUCAGCCUCUCCAUCAGACUACUUCUCGCUCCGAACCCGUCGGGGAUCGCUCUCCACGGGAAGCAUGACGACGCCGGACGAUUUGGGGUGGGGCGGCAAGUCGCAGGAUAAUGCGCUGCAGACACCAAGCACACCUAAUACACUGAUGGGAAGGCUCAAGGCGUUCGGCAAGAGUACAAAACGCCACGCGAGUGAGAUCUCCACGCCUGGAGGGGUCCUAGCUGCCGGAGAGGCCUCUCAGACACAUGAUAUUACCGCCCCCGCCAUGCCCAAAACUGCAGUCCAGGUGCUAUUGUCGAGCCCCUUCAAUCCCCCUACAUCGAACGACACCCCGUCACUCUCCAUACCUCCAGAUACGGCUGUCGUCGUUUCAGAGGAAGCGCCUUCUGGUUGGACAACACGUUAUAGAGGACACGUAUCGAGCACAGGUCCAGAUGUGCACGUAUUGGAAGACGUUAUGCCGUUAUGGUUAUUGGAAUACCUUCUGGUGAACAAGGUUCCCCCUGUACCAGUCAACAAGAUUAGUUUCGUCCUACUGCCCCUCCCAGCAAAGGACCGGAAGGAGCAGCUCCCGGACUUGUUGAAUACUGCACAGUCGAAGUUAACUGCGAGCCGUUUCCUGCGGGUCCGUAAGCUCACCUACCAUGUGCAAGACAAGCUCGACAGGCUCACAGGGUCUCAUCUUCCCACAUCUACCAACAACACACCACGUUCGUCAUUCGACAGCCGAUCACGCUCACCGACCACCAGCCGUCGCGAAGCCGACCCGCGACCCCGAGCCGAGGAUCUGUACGAGGUUCUAUGCAACGACGUCGUCCUGCCGCUCGAUAUGACCCUCGCUGCUGUCCGACAGUACAUAUGGCGGCAGUCUAGCGAGCUCUGUAUGUAUUAUCGCCGCAAAAGCGCCGCACCGCUGCAAUGA